AUGAACAUAAGCCAUUAGAAAACCAAUCUUCCUAUUCGACACCUAAUACACAAUAGCCAAAGUUAGAAACGAACGUUAUAUGAAUCCUACAUUAUUCUCUUGUUGCGCAUUGUAUGUGUUGUAUGUUACGCGUUAUAUACCAGUUUUGAUCAUAAUUUGAAUCCGCCAUUAAAAAGAAUGGAUAUCUAAUCUGAUAUAUCGAGAUUUUUAUGCAAAUCAAUUUGUAGACUACCUUUUUUCGUCUUCAGAAUACUAGAAUAUCUGUGAAAACAUUCGAACUACUGCAUAUUUCAAUUCAAUUGAAAGCACAUGUGCAUACCAUGAACAUGGCGACUUGGAGGUUAUUGUUUUCUACUAGCCCAAUUAAUUUGUUAUGUACAAGGAGACUAGCUACGCAAAACCCUAUUAUGUCCAAACUUAAGCGCAAUAUAGAAAAAGAUAUUUUACCACCAAAACCAAAAAAACCAUUAAAUCCUUUUAUUCAGUAUUGUCUUUCUGUGAAAAAUACAUUGCAAAAAGAAUAUCCUGAUUGUACAUAUGUAGAUGUUGUAAAAAGGGCAUCAAAACAAUGGGCACAAGUUGAGCCAAAAGUAAAAGAAAGUUUAAAAAAACAAUAUAUGGAACAACAGUCUAUUUAUAAACAAAAAUUACAGGACUAUGAAAAUUCUAUAACUUCUGAUCAAAAAUUAUUAAUAAAAAAGGAAUUGAUAAAAAAGGAACAUGCUUGGGAAAAGAGUCAAGUUAAACAAAAACUUACAGAACUUGGAAAGCCAAAGCGGCCAUUAUCUGCCUUCUUUUUAUUCUUGCAGAAUAAACAGAGUGCCAAAGACCCGCAAGUACCAUACAAAGAUUGGACGAUUAAUUUAAGUGAAGAAUGGAAGAAUAUGACAACAGAAGCUAAAGAAAAAUAUGUUGUAGAAGCAACACAUUUGUAUGAAAAGUACAAAAUUGAAUUAAAAAAAUGGGAGGAAGAUAUGAUUCAAGCAGGACAUCAUAAUUUGCUGAAAUCUAAUGUUAAAUCUAAUGUUAAAUCUAAACGCGUUACUAAUAUACAUAAAGAAUAGGAUUUAGAGUGCCCCAACCAAUCUACUAUACAAAAUAUGCAAAAAGCUGAAUUCAUUGUUGCAGAUGAUUCUUCCAGUAUGAAAAUUCAAGACAAAGAGAAUAUUAAAACAGGUUGGGGCACUGAUAUCACACUUGAUCCCAACAGUGAUCAACAAUAUGAAUCUAGAAAAAGCCUGAUAUUUUAUGACAAGAAUUUACAAAACAAACUGAAAUAUUCGAAGAAUGCAAAAGAUUUGAUGAAGGAUGUUGGUACAUCAAUACAACCUCUUGAUGCACAGAAACAUAAGUAUUUUGUCUUUAUAUGGAAAAGAUUUUUAACAGUCCUGAAAGAGACUGCUAAAAAUUGGAAGACGAAAUUGUUAUUCUGAGUGGACUAAUGGUCAAGGUGGCAACAGAGGCAUUUAAUGGCUUAUAUUACUAACAUUUAAAUGCUCAUUACAUUUAUAUUAUUAACAAUUAUGCAUCUUGAAAUCAUCGCAUAUUAAUUAAUGUGUAUCUUUCUUUUUUAUA